GUGGAUUGAUGAAUGCUACAAACUUGUCACCUCAAUCCAGCCUGGCCAGGAUUCCCUCUGGAUAUAUCAGUGAAGGUGUGUCACCAGCAGUGUCUGCAAUAUGUCCUGCUGGUGACUUGCCAGAAAGAGCUUCCUCUGAAACAGCAGUAAUGGACUCAGCGCCCAGAGUGAUCCACUCUACACCAUCAAUGGAUGAGCUACUGGUUUUACCAACUUCUGUUGAUGGGUUUUCACCAGCAGUGUCUGCAAGAUCUUCAAGAGGUACUUUGUCAAAAAGAGCUCCCUCAGAAACAGCAGUGGAGGGGGUAAGAUAUUCUGAAAGUGGUUUAUCAGGGAGCGCUUUCUCUGAAACAGAUCUAGUUGAUGCAGCACAAAGCGUGUCCUCAGUCAGGAUACCCAGUAGAGAGGAGAGUGUGGGGAAAACAGCAGAGACACCAGAGAGACACACAUCUCCCAGAGUUUCCCCACAGACAUUUUCAGAGUCAGCUACAGGCUUGUCAUCUAAGCCAGAGCCCCCUCUGAGUGAUUCUCUAACAGAGUCAGGAUCUUUGGAAGUCAUCUUUAAUAUGGAGGAGACUUAUACAACACCAUCUAUGGGGGAGAUUUCUAUUUCUGCCUCUACUGGUGAAAGAGCAGCAGAAUCAGCUUCUAGAGAACUGUUGUAUAUGGGUGAGACAUAUAAACCACCAUCAAUGGCAGACCUACCAGGGUCUCCAGCUGCUGUUGGAGGCAUUUCACCAGCAGUGUCUGAUAGAUGUUCACAAAGUGACAUGGCAGAAAAAGCUCACUCAGAAACAGCAGUAGGCAGUCACACAUCUUCCAGAGUACCUCCUAAAGUUCCUCCACAAACAUCCUGGAGCUCAGCUACAGGCUUGGCAUCUAAGUCCAGUUUGGCCAGGGUUCCCUCUGUGUCUCUUAGUGAUGGUGCAAAAGUACCAGCUCAGAUAGACAAAACACUGUCAAUGGAGGAGCUACUGGCGUCUCCAUUGUACUCUCAGUGGGCAAUGUCACCAGCCGGUUCUGAAAGAAUGUCCUCAGUCAGGAUACCCAGUAGAGAGAAGAGUGUGGGGAGAACAGCAGAGACACCAGAUAGACACACAUCUCCUGGAGCUUCUCCAAGAGUUUCUCCACAAACCUCUCUUGUAUCAGCUCAUGUUGUUAAAUCUCUGUCUGGUACAGACAUUUCUCAACAAUCCAGUCUGCCUAGGAUUCCCUCUGCACCAUCAAUAGACAGAUACACAUCUCCCAGAGUUUCUCAAAGAGUUUCUCCACAAUCCAGUCUGGUCAGGAUUCCCUCUGAACCAUCAAUGGGGGAGCUACUGUUGUCUCCCUCUGCUUCUGUUGGUAGAGUUUCUACAGCAGUUUCAAGACUAUCUUUAAGAAGUAGUUUGUCAGAAAGGGAUCAUUCUGAAACAGUCAUAAGGUAUUCUGAAAGCAUUUUAUCAGGAAGAGCUCUCUCUAAAACAGAACUAGUCGAUGCAGCACAGAGAGUGUCCCCAGUCAGCAUACCCAGUAGAGAGGAGAGUGUGGGGAGAACACCAGAGACAUGCACAUCUCACAGAGUUUCUCCUAAAAUUUCUCCCAGAGAUUCUCCACAAUCCAGUCUGGCCAGGAUUCAAUCUGCACCAUCAAUGGAGGAGCCACUGGUGUCUCAAUCUGCUGCUGUUGGCAGAGUAUCUCCAGCCAGGAGUGGACUUUCUCUAGUAAUGUCUCUAGGAAUUUCUGCAGCUAAUGUGGUUGGGCCAGUGUGUUUCAAAGAUGUGUCACAGAUUAUGCCGACUAAAACACCAGAGAAUCAGGGUUCGGCCUCCUCCAUCAGGAUACCCAGUAGAGAGGAGAGUGUGGGGAGAACAGCAGAGACACCAGAGAGACACACAUCUCCCAGAGUAUCACCAAGAGCUUCUCCAAGAGUUUUUCCACGAACCUCUCGUACAUCGGGUACAAUUGUCAUCCAUAUUUCUGAGGAAUGCUCUACUAAUAAGCUACUAAUAAGACAUUUUGAGGAAUUUUAAGGCAUUGUAAGGCAAUAUUUUUACAGUAUGUGCCUACUUUUGUAUCUGCAUCCACAGCUCACGAUGGUGAAUCUCUGUCUGGUACAGACAUUUCUCCACAAUCCAGUCUGCCUAGGAUUCCCUCUGAACCAUCAAUAGACAGAAACACAUUUCCCAAAGUUUCUCAAAGAGUUUCUUCACAAUCCAGUCCCGCCAGGCAUCCCUCUGCACCAUCAAUGGAGGAGCUACUGUUGUCUCCAUCUGCUUCUGUUGGUAUAAUUUCACCAGCAGUUUCAAGAACAUCUUCAGAAACAGCUCCUUCUGAAACUGUCAUACGAUAUUUUGAAAGUGACUUAUCAGGAAGAGAUUUCUCUGAAACAGAACUAGUUGAUGCUGAACAGAGAGUGUCCACAGUCAGGAUACCCAGUAGAGAGGAGAGUGUGGGGAGAACACCAGAGAAACCAGAGAGACACACAUCUCCCAGAGUUUCUCCUAUAACUUCUGCAAGAGUUUCUCCAAGAUUUUCUCCACAAACAUCUCUUCUAUCAGCUCAAGUUGGUGAAUCUCUGUCUGGUACAGACAUUGCACCACAAUCCAGUCUGCCCGGGAUUCCAUCUGCAGCAUCAAUAGAGGAGCGACUGAUGUGUCUAACUGCUUCUGUUGAAAGAAUUUCACCUGCAGUUUCAAGAUCUUCAAGAAGUAGUUUGUUAGAAAGUGCUUCCUCUGAAAAAGCAACAAUUAAAGCAGUAUACAGAGAAGAGAGUGUGGAGAGAACUGCAGAAACAACAGAGAGUCACACAACUCAACACGUGUCUUUCAGAGCUCCUUUGGCAACAUCUAAGACAAGAGUCCUUUCUGAUGUGGCAGUUUUGUACAGACCAUCCAUUGCUGAAGGCCUUUGUCUUGAGGUCUUGGACAUGGAGUCUGACCAGGUGAAAACACCAAUGAGUGCCAUAGCUCCCUCUCACACUGCAGCAAUGGAAACAGCUCAGGAUACAGUCAGGAUACCCAGUAGAAAGGAGAGUGCAAGGAGAGCAGCAGAAACACAAACAUAUUUUGCAUCAGGCAAGUAUCAAGAUUAAUACAUUACUGAAAUAUUAGCAACGAAAACAAAAAUAUUUUCUGAAGAUUUCUCUUCCCAAUCUCAUAGGAUUAUGGGACAAUAGUACACAAGUUUCAGGAACUUCAGUCCGCCUUCAUGAAGAGGUGACUGCCCACCCUACCGAAGUGCAGCAGGGGACCCUGCAACUUGGAGUUUCUCUAGGAGUUUCUCGAGCCAAUAUGGUUGGGCCUCAAAACACACAGUCACAGAGUGUACAGACUGGACCAGAUUAUCAUGGCCCGCCCUCACAUAGCGUUCCUAUUGGAGCAGGACGUGUCACUCCUGAUGCUCAGCCUGCCUUCGAGGAUUUUACCAAUCAGGUCUGGACACUAUACCACUUGGACAAUGAGACGGAGGAGGGCACACUGUCCACUAACACUAUCUCCCAGCCUCCGUUCAAUGGAAGUGCUUUCAUUCGCAACUUUGGGUCUGGACAUGUGUUACUGGCAGAGAGGUCCCCUUCCCCUCAGCAGUCUGACUCCCAGUCCUGGUGUGGCCGACCCAGACAACAGCCCCAGCCACCACCGUUCCCAAUGUACCCAAGAAGGGCCUUCACACCCAGGUCACAGAGCUCAACCCGCCGCCCUCCACCCCAGCAUCCGACUAUCCUCAACCUGGAGAUCAGCAUCCCCAACUACUUCCUGUUCCUCGAUGGCAACCAGGUGUCCCUGAGCCAGAGCGCUCGUAGUGUUCCGGCCUCAAUGUUUUCCAGGUCGAGAUCUGCUGUGGUCAGGACGGACGACCCCCCGGGGUACCUGUCCUUCUCCGUUCCAAUGGAGAUGGUGAGCGGAGGUUCUGGUCAGGACGGUCAGGCCCAGUUCCUGCAGGUCAUCAGUGAUGAAGGAAACACUGUUUACUCCCCCGCUCUCAUACACAUUGUCACCUCUGAACACACAGAGAAAGAGGACCAGGAAGAAUCCAGGAGGUGGCCAACUAGUGCCCCAUUUAAUUGGUAGGGGACUGUUGUCUAGUAUCAAUAAACAUGUGUGCAUAUCAUUUAAAACGUUCUCCCUCUUCAUUAAAUAAACACAUGUUUUAAGU